GGCUUUGGCGCAUGCGCGGGCGGGGGGGGGGAGCGUGCCGUCGGCGUUCCUGCCUGGCGAGCUGCCUUAUCCGGGUUCCCCGGCGCUUCUCUCAUGGCGGUCGGCGUCCUGCGGGGCUUCGGCUGCAGCAGCUGCGGAUAGAGGAAGGGGGAGCGGGAGGGAGGAGGAAAGGAAGCGGGCAGGUCGUGAGCCGUGGCGGGGGCCGGAGCAGCAACGGUGUCGGGGGCGGCGUCGGCGAUGAGUUGGUUCAACGCCUCUCAGCUCUCGACCUUCGCCAAGCAGGCUCUGUCUCAGGCGCAGAAGUCCAUCGACCGGGUGCUGGACAUCCAGGCCGAGGAGGAGGAGGAGGAAGGCGGCGAAGCGGCGCAGGGCGGAAGUGCCCCGUCCCGACCGGGAGAGGCGGGUAGGUGGAGCCGCGGGGAGGACUCGCCUCAGACCCCGCAGCCCUUCAGGCGAGGCGGGCGGCUGAGGGAAUCGCCGACCACCCGCCGCCUCGUCCGCAGCAGCCGGUGGUUGCGGCGCACAAGCGCGAACAGGGUCUCUGCACCGGCCCUGACUGGCGUGGCCAGCCCUUUUCCUCGCCUCGGGGGUUAUUUGGUUUUAUUUUCUCCUCCGCCCCGCUCCCAAACCACCCUCCGGCAGCGGUUCUCAACCUGUGGGUCCCCAGACGUUGUUGGACUACAGCGCCCAUCAUCCCUGACAACUUGUCAUGCUGGCUAGGAAUGAUGGGAGUUGUAGUCCAACAACAUCUGGGGACCCACAGGUUGAGAAAUAUUGCCUGGUGCCUUUCAGAGGCUUUGGCUAAGAUAUUGGGGGGGGGGGGGCAGGAAUUAUUGGGUUGUGUAUUUUUUUGUGUGUGUGUAGGUUAUAUUGUGAUUUUAUGUUGUGAACUGCCCUGAGAUGAUCUGGUACAAAUAAUCAUUGCUCCCCCCCCCAAAAAAUAUGUUUAGGGGUACUCUCAUUUUGACUCAAGAAAAUCACCAUGUUAUAGUUCAAAUUGGGAAAAAUAAAUACAGUAAAUGGACAAAAGUACAAAGAUUCACAAAAUGUUUAGGGGUAUGCGUACCACCAGAAAAAAGCACUGCAAAUUAUUAUUAUUAUUAUUAUUAUUAUUAUUGCCCUCCAGUGCAUGUUCGCUUUUUUGAGUAAGCUCCACAAGAUUGCAAUGGCACUUUCUGCAUAAGCGUGAGUAGGACGAUGUUGCAAGUUGUCCUCCAUAAAACAAUAUUUGCUGUUUUUCCAAUAUGCCUGCAUAUGCAUAUAAUCUAUAAAUUUCCCUUUGUAAGUAACAGACAUGGUGGCUGCAUAAAAUAAAAAAAUACGACCUCACAUUGUUGCAUCUAUACAUACCCAUCCUCUCAGUCUUAGUUCCACUCUCCCACUUCUCUCUUGACCUGGUAAUUGCCUCAUUCAGUUUUCUUUUGAUACACUCAUUUUUAUUUUUAUUUUUAAAAAGCUCCUCUUUCUUAGUUACAUGCUUCCAUUCCUUCCUUCACGUGACUUCAAGUUAUGAAGUUGUUUCUUGUCCUGGCCCACCUCAAGGGAUCAGGGCAAUAGGGCAAAUAACAACACAGACGGUUGUUGUCUUGUUGGGCUGUGUAUGUGAUAAAGGGGAGCCUUGUGUCAGUUUAAGUUUAUUGGUUAGUUUUUCUAAUACUGUAAGGCUGUUUCCCAUACACAUACAUCAAGUAGAAUAGAAACAUUGCCACCCAAUCCCACUCACCAUGCCCCCCUCCACCUCUUUCUUCCUUCGUAAUGUAACACUAAUGUCUCAACAAAGGGAACUGAUUCGUAGAAAAUGUAACUUGAAAAAAGAGACAUUGCACAUACUUUUGUAAAUGAAGAAAUCUUUAAUUAAAAAUAUAUUUAAAAACAAACAGACGGUUGUUCUGUAUUUGCAUUGUGGUAUAAUUGGCCCUGUUCAUGCCUGCAUUGGUCUUAUCUUCUACUUAAGAUCAUACUCUGUGUUAUUAACUUCAGUAUAGCCAUUAUCUUGUACAGUAACUAGUCUCAGGGGGGCUUUGGAAAUGUUUUUCUCAAACAGCGGCUUCCAUACCACAUGGCAAAGCUUGAAAUGGGUUAAACUAUUGACUGUCUAUGGUACUGAAAAGCUAAUGAAAAACCCUACUAAUUUUAGUCAUCAGAUACUGAUUAAAUUUAAUGUUGUGAUCUUUGGAAUGAAAACUUUAUAAUUACAUUUUGGUUUGCCCCCCUUCCCACAGGGACAUCUGGGACCCUUUCUUCAACUCACAAGCCCAGCAUGUUGUACCACUGUUGCUUCCUUAGUGUAUCUGUACUAAUUUCUUGGCUCCUAACUAGACAGUAGUUGCUAUCAGCCACCCCCAUUUGCAUCUGCCAAGUAACAUUUGGCAAAAUAAAUAACUGACGUGUCAUUGUUUCUAGCAUUUCCCACUCUUGUUUGUUCCUUGCUGCUUACAUGAGGGUGAUCAUUAAGCAUGAAGGCUCUUCAUGCAUUUUAUUUUACUGGCAGGGUGUAUGAGAAUGUGAGAUGGCAGUAGUCACAGGUAUCCUAUAAAUGGUAGCAAGGCCUUCAGUUUCAUUUUUCUUUUGCAUAUUUUACCUGACACUGUCACAUGUUCCUUUCCAAAAGCAUAAUACUAUGCUCUCAAUGAGCAUGUAGUUACCCUUCAGAUGCCCACCAUGCCAGACUUCCACACAUCAUCUCCUGCUUAGAGUCUCUAUGGUAUAGAACAACCUUGCACAACCUGGUGCUCUCUAGGUAUUUUGGACUAUAACUCCUAUCAGCCUUGACCAUUGGACAUGCUGGCUGGGAAUGACAGGGACUUCUCAAAAACAUCUGGAGGGCACCAGGUUGGGGGUGGCUGGUGUAUGAUUUCUGAAAAAAGGGUCAUUGACAUCAUUUCUGCACUGUUCACUAUUAUGUUAGUCUGAAAUCAAGGGUGUUUUUGUCUGUGGCUUAUUUAUAAAAUAUUUCAAAUAAAUAAAUAAGCCACCUUUUAGAACGACGACCUCACAAGAAGGUUUCUGUCACAUAAAUAUAGAAUCAUAAUAUGUAAUAAUAAUAUAAAAAGGAACAUGCCUUUCUCUGGCAGUCCAUUCUAUUGCACUGUUUAUGUUCUCUCAGGGUGUUUUACACAAUCCUUUUACUAGCCCUUAUUCUGGGUGAUAAAGAGUUAUUGUGCCUGUUUCAGUAUGUUUGUGCAUGGUGUUGCCACUUUAGCAAUUGUUGGUCUUGGAUUCAUAUUAUCAGUUUUUACUCUUUCCUCUCCCUUCCUCACACUCUUAUUUGCACACUUCCUGAUGUAUUUACUUUAUAAUUUGACUUGUGUUCUGUUUCCUCCUUGCGUCAUUUUUUCCUGUUGAUUAUCUGAAAAGCCUUUCAUUUCAACACUUACUCUAGGUAAAGGCAUCCAUGUAGAUACAGAUGCCGACCUAGGCCCCUUUGGGAGAAAGGGCAGGAUAUGAAUCUAAUAAAUAAAAGGAUGGCUAAAAUCCAGAGCACCACAUGGCUAAUUUUGUGCGCUCAGCAGGGCUCUUUUACAAAAGUUUUUUGAUGCAACUUAAGGGAGGACACUGGACACUGGAGGACACAUUAAGUUUUGAUGCAACUUAAGGGAGGACACUGGAGAAUAGCUGUUUAAUUAAAAAACAACUCAAAAAGUGCUGCUUGGUUGUAAUCUCUAUCUUUUUAGCAUAUUGGGUGAUCAAAUGUAAACCUUUGCCCAGACUUACUGAACACCACACAACUUACUCUUGUUUGCAUUAAUCCCACAGCUGAGAUUCAUUCCUAUACUUACAUUUCAGGAAUAUUAUCCAACAUAUACAGUGGGGGGGGGGAGCCCUGUUGUACACCCUAUAUCUGCACUAGAGCUUCCUGUGGUCAGCUGUGGGUACAUUUUGCUCAUGCAACACCAAAAAAAGUAUUGGUGCCAAGUAUGAGCAUGCUGUUGUAUGAAAACAGCAUACAACUUUAGCUGUCAGCUAUCAAGAAAUCAGUGUGGUUUUGUUUAUAGUGCCGAAUUUUGAGCCAUAUCUAAAUCAUGACAGGUUAUUCACUGGGGGGAGAUUGUGUCCAACCCCAAGGAACCAUUCUUCAUUGUGUGGAAACACAAUGUUGGAUAAGUAGGUCAUAGCUGCACCAAAGAUGCUUCAGGAAAGGAAGUAAUAUCAAUGUGUGUUUAUGCAGAAAAAAGUGAAAUUGGGGCUAACGACACCUUAAUAUUUGUGAAGUCUGCACAAUGCACUUAACUUCUAAAAUUUGGUUUUUCCUUUUCCUCUCAUUGUUUUAGGAACAACUUCUCUUACGAGUGGAGGAUGGGAUACUUCUACAUGGGGAGCUAAUUUAGAUACAGAAUCUCAAAGUCAGCCAAUAUCAUCUCCUACAGCCAUCACCAAGCCUGUUAGGAGGACUGUGGUAGAUGAGUCAGAAAACUUCUUCAGUGCCUUUCUCCCAUUAACGGAUGUUCAGAGCAUACAGCAAAGUCCAGUGGUGUCUAAGCCACCCACCAAAUCGCAGCGACCCAAAGAAGAAGUAAAAAGCACACUAGAAGAAUCUCUGCAUGCUGACCUGCCAGAAACAGAAGGAAAAGAUUUCUCUGUAAUUUCACCUGUGGAACUGGAAAACUUCAGUAGUUCCCAGGAGAAGUUAGAAGAAGGUAAUUCAGUACUUGAUAUUGAUGGCAAGCAUAAUGAAGAUGAGCGUGAGGAAAACAACACUAAAGGCGCUGAUCAAGAAGCAUCUGCUCAGAAUCUCAAGGUAGCAGAAGCCACUGCUAUUGUGAAAGCAAGUUCAGGAAGUGAAGAACCUGGUCAUAUGCCUGACAUCUCCACACAACCUCUGCCUGCAGAGACAAAGAGUAUAGGUUUGGAAACUAAAGAGCGAAAAAGUGAGGAUCGGCAAAGCAAUACACCUUCACCUCCAAUUAGCACGUUCUCCUCAGGGACCUCGACAACUAGUGACAUUGAAGUUUUGGACCACGAAAGUGUGAUAAGUGAAAGUUCUGUAAGCUCAAGGCAAGAGGCUGCCGAUUCGAAAGCUAGUCUUCACCUGAUGCAAACGUCUUUUCAGCUUUUAUCAGCAUCUGCUUGCACAGAAUAUAAUCGCCUUGAUGACUUUCAAAAAUUGACUGAGAGUUGCUGCUCCUCUGAUGCUUUUGAAAGGAUAGACUCAUUCAGCAUGCAGUCUUUAGACAGUCGGAGUGUGAGUGAAAUAAAUUCAGACGAUGAAUUGUCGGGUAGGGGAUGCGUUUCGGCAUCUGUAACCCUCAGCCCUUCAACACUAAAAUCUGAAGAGCCUGAACCUAUAAAAAGCAAGUCUGACCAAAUCUUAAGUGAAAUUAUUGCACUACCCACAGAAGAAACAGAAAUGGAGGAAAGUGGGCGAAGUGCGACCCCUGUUAACUCAGAUCAGCCAGACGUCUUGGCUGUUUCUGUGCAAACUGAUGGACAGACUCAGAAAGAGGAGGUGGCAGUACAUUGGCCCAGUGCUGAAAAGCUGUCAAGUGUAGAGUGUGAAAAAGAAGAGCUUUGCAAGGUAACCCCAGAACUGUCAUCAUAUACAUCUUUCUGCUGCCCUGUUGAUAUGGUUAUUCCCUUUUUAUGCUUGGGAGAAGAGGUGCAGUAAGAUUAUUCAGUCAGAUUGCUGAAGGCAGCACGGUUGCAGGCCUCUUUCUGUUUUGAUGUCAGGAAAUUAUCCUUUAAAUAAUAGUAGUAAUAAUAAUUUAUACCCCGCCUGUUAUGUGUGCCGGUGUGGUUGCUCGAGAGCAAUCAGGCAAAACUCCCCAUUGGUCUUUUCCAGGCUUUAUUAUCUGUCCAAAAUGUUCACAGUGCAGAUCGACUCAAUUCCAUGUCUGCUCAGUCGCUAGCAGAAUCUGGGAGUGGGCGGUCCUUAAACUUUCCCCAGCAGAGCAGUUUUUUUACCCCCAUCCUACACCUCCCCUCUCUGUGCUUAAGCCUUCUGCGCGGAGAGGGCGUGGGCAAAAGGGGAUCUGUCCCCCCUCCCCGCUUUGCUCAGGUUUGGUGUUGCGGCUCUCCCUUGCAUCUUCUGAGCCCUGUAUUCCUUCCCCACUGGAGGCGUGGCUUCGCUCCUCCCUGGAGGACGAGCUGCUUCUCACGAUCUUUGGCGGCUCCCUGUAACCCAACUGCCUUUCCACCUCCCGCCUCUGAGCUGAUGGCAGUUCCUUGACACCGCCCAUCUGGCUGGCUCCCAACAGGAUUAAAAGCACAAUAAAAUAUCAAACAUUAAAAACUACCCUAAACAGGGUUGCCUUCAGAUGUCUUCUAAAAGUCAGAUAGUUGUUUAUUUCUUUGACAUCUGAUGGGAGGGGGUUCCAUAGGGCGAGUGCCACUACUGAGAAGGCUCUUUCCUGGUUCCCUGUAACCUCACUUCUUGCAGGAAGGGAACUGCCAGAUGGCCCUCGGAGCUGGGUCUCAGUGUCCAGGCUGAAUGAUGGGGGUGGAGAUGCUCUUUCAAGGCCGUUUAGGGCUUUAAAGGUGGAGCUUGCUGAUUGUGUGCAUUUUUGUAUAUAUCUGAUUACUCUAGUAUGUAUACAGUGUUUGGGAGGCUGGGGAGAUAUGCAUAAGGAUUAAUGAUGCAUGAGUAUUUUUCUAGUAAAUCAAACAAUUGGGAUCCUGUGAAUUAAAUUGUAACAAUCAUAAAUGGUACAAUAGCUUCAGUUUCUUUCAAGUGCAUUUAAAAUUGAAGAUGAAUAAUCUGUCCAGCAAAACAUUUCCUUUAGAAAUCAAUAUGGAUCAAUAGCCAGUGAUCUUUGUCCACAACAGAAAUCUUAUCGUUCAGUGGGGUUUCUCCUUCCUCUGCUACCCCACAGCCACUCCUACUGCACUCCCCCCCCAAAAAAAAAUCUACUCCACCUGAGUUUCCUACAUAAUUUAUUUUUAUUACAUUUAUCUCCGAAGAGCUCAAGAUAAUAUGCAUGGUCCUCUUCUGCAUUCUGUUCUCACAGCAACCCUCCCUGUGAGGUAGUUUAGGCUGAGAGAGUUAGGAAUUUGAACCUCAGUCUCUCCAGACCUUGUCCGGCACUCAACCACAAUCCAUCCUAUGUACCAUAUUCAGUUGAUUGUAUCUUAACAGAUCAGAACUUAAAAUGAAUUAGGACUGUGUGGGAAAGACUAAAAAGAGGCACAGCAUAUAUGACGUAAAAUGUCUUUUGUUGCUUAAGAAAAUUCUUGAGUGGAACUUUGGGCAUUGCUUCUAUGAUGUUGCCCAAGGAGAUCUAUCUUUCAGCCAUCUUACCAUCUUACCAGUCUUCUCAGCUUCUGUGUCUUGAAUCUUCUUCAGAUUAUUGAUUCACUGACGGAAAAACUGGAAAUGAGGGAAACUCGCCUGUUAAGUGUUAGUAAAGAGAAGGCAUGCCUAGAAGAAGCUUGUGAUAAUCUUAAUGAGUAAGUUUCAAUUGACAACAUUCAUCCUGUGGCUCUUCACAUCAUGUGAAAACAUUGUGAACUAUUUUUUUGUUUGAUAAAAUGCAUUUGGUUGGCCUUUUGUAUAAUGUAGCUUUUGUGUAAUUUAAGCUAAACAGAUUGUAGCAACCCAUCUAAAACUUGAAAGGGGUUGAUAGAUGUCAGUGACUGUAUGGAACUGAAUUGAAUUCAUUUUAAUUGCUGAUUAAGUAAUGUAGCCACAAGGUGAUUUUAAUAAAGCCCCAUCUUUUUCCCAUGAGCUGCCAUGCUUCUAGGACAGGCUUCCUCAAACUCUGCCCUCCAGAUGUUUUGAGACUACAAUUCCCAUCAUCCCUGAUCACUGGGUCCUGCUAGCUAGGGAUCAUGGGAGUUGUAGGCCAAAAACAUCUGGAGGGCCGAGUUUGAGGAAGCCUGUUCUAGGGGCUUGAUAAGGGCUGGACUCCAAAGUCAUAUAAGAAAAGCAUGAUGGGGAAAAGCUUGGUUAUGUGAGGUCAUGGUUAUACAUUGUUGCAUGAAUGGAGCUCCUCCGAUGCUAGUACGUUGUUAAGUGCUUUUGGGGUGGGUAGAGGAAUACUGGAAAACAAAACAGAUUCCUGUGAUGUCCAUUGGUCUAUUUAUUCAGAUAAAAAGUUGAAGGAUUGAAUUAGAGAAGUAAUUCCUCCUUGCUUUUCUUGUUGCCUUGACCCCUCUCAGGAGAAAGAGGGUUUGCAGGUGUGAGUGAGAGGGUGUACAUUUAUAUGAAUAAAUUCUGCUUCCCAUUUGAAAUGUCACGCACAGUCAUAAUGAUGGAAAUGUUUUAUGUUUAGUGAAAUCAUCAAGAUGAAAGAAGAGAACAGUAGCAUUUCAUCUCUUAAAGAGGAGUUUGCUCAGCGAAUAGCAGAUGCAGAGAAAAAGGUUCAGCUAGCAUGCAAAGAGAGAGAUACAGCAAAAAAGGUAGCACUCCUAUGUAUGAAUUAUAUUUUAUUUUUAUAUAGUGUUACUUUUGGAUUGCUAUGAAUCAAACCAUAAGGUCUGGUCUUGUAAAUUUGCAAGGAAUCAAUACAGAUUUUGCUAGGAAAAAUGCCUGUCACUAAUGUGUAACAUUUUAAACCAGAAAGUUUUUUGGGUGGGGUCAUGUUACAUGUUCAAAGCUAUAUUCUCAGCUAUCAGAUCUCCUUAGAGCUUUUGAUUUCACAUAAAAGCAGUACUUAAAGAUAAGUAUAAAGGUAAUGUGAUGGGGAAGGAUGACAGCGGCUGAUCUUGUAAUUUAAAAAAUGUAUUAGCUUUUAGACUAGCUUCAUGCUAAAAAUCAUGAGAUGCACAGAUUGUUAAUGAUUAACAGCUAUGAUUGUCAUAAUGAGGUAGGCCCCACCUAGUGUGAAGUAAAAAAUUUUUAAAGUCACAGUCAAAAUGUAUAAAUGGUACAAUAAUUAUUUAUGUUUCUUCUUUAGGAAGUAAAGAUUCUCAAAGAAGAUCUAGCAACUAGAUUGAACAGUAAUGAAACCGCUGAAUUACUAAAGGAGAAAGAUGAACAAAUUAAAGGAUUAAUGGAGGAAGGUGGGUAUUAGUUUCUUAAAAACAGUUCCUGGGAAACUAGCUACAUAUGUUACUUCAAAUGUCUGGUCACUUUAAAUUUAUUCUAUAAGAAAUACUUUUCGACUACAGUCCUUACUGGAAAGGGAAGAAUAGAUUCCCUCUUCAAAUCUAUCUUUUCAACAAGCAAUUUAGGGUGUGAAAAUUUUAAUGGCUUGUGAAAGGGUAAAGCUAGGUGUGUGUAGCCCUCCAGAAAGGUGGAAUAGCAAGGCUUUAGCCCUGAGUUACACAAACCAGUUGAUGUGCAUCUUAGACUUGACAGCUGCUUCUGAGAUACAGUCCUACCUUGGUUCCUGAACAGAAUCUGUUCCGGAAGUCCAUUCGACUUCUGAAAACUAAGGUGCAUCUUCUGAUUGGCUGCAGGAGCUUCCUGCACUCAAUCGGAAGCUGUGUCGGAUGUUCGGGUUUCAAAAAACGUUCGCAAACUGGAACACUCACUUCCGGGUUUGUGGCGUUUGGGAGCCAAAACGUUUGAGUCACAAGGCGUUCGAGAACCAAGGUACGACUGUACAAUGUUAACCCUAGGCUCAGUUGCAACUAAAUUUUCCUAUCAUGCUGUUUCUACAAGAGUAAUGUUAAAAAGAGAAGCAAGCUUCAAUCCUAUAUUCAGAGAACAAGUCUGUAUUGUUGCCCACUUGAGGCUGUCCUAGCCUAGUGAGACAAACAUGACCAGGAAGGAGCGACGGUGAACCUCUGGUUCAGCAGGCCGUUCCCCCUACCCUCCUCCUUUGUGGGUGGGAGGACUUCAGCAAUGUUCAGUUUCAGUUUCAUAACGAGCCAGACUCAGACCAUGGUUUAAGAAGAUGACUUCUUUAAAUGAACCAUAGAGUUAAGUUACAAUCACUGGUCUGGAUGACAUAAUGUGCUAGAAUUCAGGGAAACUCAGAAGUGAAUGCCAAAGUCUUCCUGGCUUCAUGUCUAGGUAAAUCAUGGUUUAGCGUGAUGUGUGAAUGCUGCUUAUGUGUGCUUUAGAGCAUUUGUGGUAGCUUUGGAUCCUGCCCAUUUUUAUUUUUAUUUUACACAAGCUUUGGGUACACUACACCUGUUAAAUUUUCAUAGGCUCCAAGUUGGCUUCUGUGAAACAGAAUGGGGACAUAGGCUUUAAAUCUGAUCCAUUAGGGCUCUUAAUGUGUUUUCUGACUAUCAGAUUAGACAGCAAACACCUCUGCGGAUACUGUUGGAUUUUUCUUUGCUCAUAAUGUUUAUUAGGCAAAGGAAUAAACAGAGAUGCCUGCAAAUCUUUGGAUAAAAACUUUUAGUAUCGCUUAUGAAUAUAUAUUAAAAAAUAAAAAAUUGUUCAGUAGCACCUUAGAGACCAACUAAGUUUGUUCUUGGUAUAAGCUUUUGUGUGCAUGUACACUUCUUCAGAAACUUAUUUUGGUCUCUAAGGUGCUACUGGACAAUUUUUAAUUUUUUUUAUAUAUUUCGGCUUCGUCAGACCAACACGGCUACCUACCUGAAUUUAUAAAUAUAUGUUACUUCAAGAUUGAUGCAUAGGGUUUGGGUCUUUAGUCUUACCUGAUUAUAUGUAUUCCAAUUCACAUGCCAGGGAAAUUAUGUACAUGGCUUCAGGUCAUUUUUAUGAUUAUAGUCUUCAUUGGUGAUUAAGUUAGUUUACAUGCCCAUUCAAAGCCCAUUUGCCCAAAUAAUUGGAGGUUAAAGAAUCAGAAUGUGAAGAGUCACAGUCCUAUGUUAAAUAUGCAUUUAUCCCCGUUCACCAGAUCUAUCUUUCUUUCCAGGAGAAAAGCUUUCAAAACAACAGUUGCAAAAUUCUAACAUCAUUAAGAAGCUAAGGGCAAAGGAAAAGGAAAGAGAAAAAACAAAUACAAAGCAAAAUAAAAAGAUUACGGAAUUAGAAGAAGAGUUACAGCAUUUGAAACAGGUUGGGUAAAUUUUUAGACAUGGCCUUGGAACGGUUUGCAUGCCUUUUAUCAAUUCACUUAUUAUUAUUUUUUAAAAUGUGUAACCUGCCUCUUAAGAAUCAAGCAGGCUUACAACAGGAUUUUUUUUAACCUAGUAAAAUAUAAGGCCAUAGUGCUCAAAGAGCAAAAUAGCUCUGAAUCUUAUUGUGAAAGCCUUGCCACAGCCUUGUGGUCAAAGCUCUGCUUCUUGCAGCAGAUGUAUUCAGCUUAUGUAGUGAGGGCACAUGGAGUUGGGACUGUUCCAUAGAGCAUAGUUUACCAUGUUUCCCUCAUGGGAAGAAGCAGUAUUGGGUAUAUAAAGAAAUCUCUCUUUAAGGGUGAGAACCAGCCCCCUUGAAUUGUGCCUGGAGGAAAACUGAUAGCUGUUGCUGGUUUUAUUGCUCCUUCUAUCUGCUCUUUUAGUUAUUCAGUGGUUUCAUUUUCCUUCUUUGCAUUCUUGGAAGCUUCAACUGAAAGGCUGCUUAAAUUUUUUUUAAAAUGAAUAAAUAGAACCAGUUGAAUGUGUACUAUGAAGAGGCAGAAAUUUUGCAUUAGUUGAAGCUUUUUUGACAAUGGUUGCUAAUUACGAUGGCUAAGGCAGCGUGCAUCUGAAUAACAGUUGCUGAGGUCAUGAGUAGGUGAGUGCUAUCACACUCAAGGCCUGAAGUGGGCUUCAUAUGGACAUCCGCUUGGCCAAUGAGAGAACAGAAUUCCCAACUAGAUGGGCCUUUUGCCUGAUCUAACAAGGUUCUUAUGACAAUAAACACACAUGAAAAUGUCAUGGGACUGUAUCCAAUUUUAGCUUUGCAUUAGUGAAAGCACCACUGCUAGUGCAAGGCAGGGCCACCAUUUUCAUCAAUCUUCCUCUCACUAACUACAGCCCUCUGUGUCAUAUCACACACUGUUCCAGAGGGCCCCCAACCCUCAGAAGACACUUUUGGGGUGCACAGAAGGCUGCACUGAGUAAGAGCGGUCAGCAAAACACAGGAGUCCUGCCUUGCACAAACAGAGGUUCUUGUAUUAUUGCAAAGCCACUACUGAAUACAACCCAUGGACCAGAAAUAGACUGAUUCAUCCAUUCUUAACUGCAGCGCGCAGUUUGGUAGCAAAGUCCACUAACUUCAACACUGUCACUGCAAAUGUGUGCCCUUUUCAGAUGCCAAAAAAGUGAAUGUAAAGGCACAGAGACACACAAUCAGGUUUAACCUUCUUUGUUAGCGUAAUGAUAUUUUCUGUAAAACUUUCUGUGAAGCUUCUGAAUGAUUUUCCUUCAUUGCUUAUAUUUUUCCUUAGUCUAGCUUUCGAUAAAGGUAGCAGCUGUUUUCUGGGCAGAGUGAUUUUUAAAGCUCUGUAAAGAGAAGUUAAGCAAUAGGUUGUGAUGCCUUUUCAUUGUAACAGGUGUUGGAUGGCAAAGAAGAAGUUGAAAAGCAGCACAGGGAGAGCAUCAAGCAGCUAAGCAGUGUGGUUGAACGGCAAGAGAAGGAUAUUACCAGACUCCAGACGGAUCUUGAGGAUCUUGAAGAGAAGAACCGAAGUGUGCAGGCAGCUCUUGAUAGUGCAUACAAGUAAGGCAAUGUCCAUAAAAAUGGACAAGAACAGAUAUUUGUUGUGCCUAGAAGACAACAUUCUCUUUUAGGUUCCCCCAGUAUUUGCAAUAUAUACAUAAAUAUAGGAUGGUGUUCAACUAAGUUUUACUCAAAAAUAGACUUAUUAAAAUGAAUGGACUUAGUCAUGUCCAUCAAUUUCACUGUAUGUUGUUUAGUCGUGUCCGACUCUUUGUGACCCCAUGGACCAGAGCACGCCAGGCACUCCUGUCUUCCACUGCCUGCCGCAGUUUGGUCAAACUCACACUGGUAGCUUCAAGAACACUAUCCAACCAUCUCAUCCUCUGUCGUCCCCUUCUCCUUGUGCCCUCCAUCUUUCCCAACAUCAGAGUCUUUUCCAAGGAGUCUUCUCUUCUCAUGAGGUGGCCAAAGUAUUGGAGCCUCAGCUUCAGGAUCUGUCCUUCCAGUGAGCACUCAGGGCUGAUUUCCUUAAGAAUGGAUAGGUUUGAUCUUCUUGCAGUCCAUGGGACUCUCAAGAGUCUCCUCCAGCACCAGAAUUCAAAAGCAUCAAUUCUUUGGCGAUCAGCCUUCUUUAUGGUCCAGCUUUUACUUCCAUACAUUCAAUGCAUACCUAUGUUUAAAAUACAUAUUUUUCACAGGGAACUUGCAGAUCUUCGUAGAGCCAAUGCUGCGAAAGACUGUGAGGCUCAAGAAGCAGCAUUAAGCCAUGAACUGAAAGUGAAGGAGCAGCUGGGCUUAGCUCUAGAGAAGGCCCAAGAGGAGGCUCGCCAGCAACAAGAGGCUUUAGCAAUUCAGGUCAGUGUUGGGUACAACUAAAGUUUGCAAGUGUUUUUCUUUUGCUAGUUGUAUAUGUUGUAAUGCUUUCAUGUCAUAGCAGUGCAGCCUGAAAACCACAUUGUAAGUCAUUCCCAGAAAAAUCUAAUUCAACAUGUACUUGGCAUAAUUACAAGUAGGAGUGAAUGAAGCAGAGGGACAUGCUUUAAAAUUACAUAGAAAGCCACUGAAAUGCUGCAAAUCUUAAGGGGAAAUUAAAAGGGUAUUAGCUUACUUCUCAUUUAUCAUUACUAGGGCACUAGAUUUGAAGUACGGUUUUUUUCGCUCUAUAAGACUCUAUAGUCUUUAGAGCUCUAUAGUUUUUAGAGGAGAAAACAAGACAAAAUAUUAUUCUGAAUCAAAUGUUGUUGAAAAGUUUUUUUGCGGCUAUCCCUGAAGCCAGAACAGCAAGGGGGUUUGCUGCACAGCUCUCACUCUUGCUGUUCUGGCUUCAGUGAUAGCUGCGCAGCCUGCAUUCGCUCCAUAAGAUGCACACACAUUUCCCCUUACUUUUAGGAGGGGGAAAGUGUGUCUUAUAGAGGGGAAAAUACGGUAUUUGAAACAGGAUGCACUUGCUUUUUGUGCUGCAGCUACAGCAUAGUGGUAAAGUAAUGAUGAUAACUCCUUAAGCAACCUAAUGGUGUUCUGGGUAUGAUAGUCAGAAUUAUAGGAGGUGCCAACUGGUGUUGACACAUGAUAAAAGGCCCGUGGAGUGUUAGGUCUGCAUAUUCAAUUCGGCAUACUGUAUUUGUAUCCCUGUGUUGCAGGUGACAGACUUGAGAGUGGCCCUGCAACGUGCAGAACAACAAACGGCUAGAAAGGAGGAUUAUUUGCGCCAGGAAAUUAGUGAACUUCAGCAGGUACUCUGGCAGAUUGUUCUCUGAGAUCUGUCUUUUUUUGCCUCUUACAAAUGCUAGGAAAAUUUUGUUUUCUAAUUCACGAACAGUUGACUGUUGAUCCUCCUUCCAGUGAUCCAUAACAGAAAAUUUUAAAAGGGAGCACAUGGCUACUUUUAGUUUGGGCAGAGAAUUAGAAACAGGCAUGCUCUACUGAACAUUCAAGAUUUAUCAAUCAGUUUGGACUUUCUGGAUUUCCAGUUUCAAUAACAAGCAGUGUGUGCCUACUGUAUUUAGCAAAGCAACAAAUAUCUCCGUGGUUUGGACUUGUGCAGAGCCUUGAAGGUCUUGCUAGUGGCCAGCAGGUGGGGCUUAGUCCCAUAGAUAACAUUAACGGAAACUUUUCAGUAAACGGAGGAUGUGGCACAAUACUGUAUUUGCCUGAAUAGGGAUAAAGCUUCAGAUGGUUCUGUUCAUGGUAUUUUAGGGCUUAAAGUAGUGCUUACCCAAUUUAUAAUUUCAGAGACUUCAGGAAGCAGAGACUCGCAACCAGGAGCUGAGUCAAAGUGUUACAUCUGCUACAAGGCCCCUGCUCCGACAGAUAGAAAACCUGCAAGCAACCUUGGGAGCACAGACCUUGUCAUGGGAGAAGUUAGAGAAGAAUCUCUCUGAUAGGCUUGGUAAGGCAAAAGUUGUUGGUCAGUGGGAUUUUUUGCGGGGGAGGGGAUGAGUCUCAAGAACUUCCAUGCAUAGCACAAAAUUAAUGGAUAUGAAUGGGAACUCAUGAUUAUGCAGGCACACAGAGAGAGAGAGAGAAUAGGAGAUACAGGCAUGUAUCUGGAAUAUGUGUUCUGAUGGUGCGUCUAACGAUUUGGCAGGGAUCCACAGAAGCCUAUGUGUGACCAGAAAACACUAAAGCACAGUUCCAUGUAGUUCUGAUUUUGCUUCUCUGGUUACAGCUUCUUCUGCUCCCAACCCAAGUGGGUGGAAAACUAGCCUGACUGGGUACCAUUGAUCUCCUGUGCAGUCCGUAUCUGAAUCUGGCUCAGUUUAUUCCUCACCCCCUCCUCGAUCUUCCUUAGAAUGGGAAAACAACCUAGGCAGUGAUCUAGCCAGCUGCAAAGAGUCACCCUCUCAAGGGAAGGCUGGCUGGAUGAGGGCACGGUGUGAAAAGCCUGGGAUGAGGACCGUGCUGAAGGAGCAACAGAAAGGUUAUAUAUUGAGAACAGUUACAAUACGUCCGAAAAGUGGGAGGAAAAAGAGAAUUGAGACGGUUUCCCCUUGGAAGAGGGUGGGUGGGAAGGAAGUGGUGUGUUUUUGCUGGACGUGAAGCCAUACUUAGGCUGUAUUCUCACUCCCUGCAUUUCCAGCCAGUGUCUAAAGGCAACCAUCUCUGCCUUAAAUCCAUAGUCCUUUGCAUGUGACAUACCUAAGAGCCAUGUUCGAUAUAUACAUGCAUUUAAUGUGAUAAUAGCUUUGGGGAAGAGGUCAUAAAGUUACCAGAGGCUACACUCCCCUCCUAAGAACACAAGAAGAGCCUGAUGGAUCAGAGUGAUGACCUAUCUAGUCCAGCAUUCUCACAAUGGCCAACCAGAAGCCUGUGGGAAAGCAGCAAGCAGAACAUGAGCACCCUCCUGUGGUUUCUAGCAACUAGUAUUCGGAAGCAUUGCUGUCUCCAGCUCUGGGGGCAGAGCAUAGCCAUCCAUCAUGGCUAGUAUCCACUGAUACCCCUCUCCUCCAUAAAUUUGUAAAUUCUAACUAGUAAUGUUCUCUUACUGUUAGGGGAAUCUCAGACUGCCUUGGCAGCACAGGCUGAAAGAGAACGCGCUGCUACAGAGGAACUUCUUGCCAAUAAAAUCCAGCUUUCUUCCACUGAGUCCCAAAAUAGCCUCCUAAGGCAAGAAAAUACCCGCCUUCAAGCACAGCUCGAGACAGAGAAAGCCAGGCUUAAGAAACUAGAAAAUGAAAACAAUCGGUAAAUUGCUUCUAAAGUUUACAACAAUUUCUCUGAAAGCGUACAACAUGGUUGAAAUAGCUAGGUGGGGUGUAAUGAACAAUGCUGCUUUAAAAAAUUAAGACUUCUUUAACUCUAUAGUUUAUUCUAUUUUUUGUGCCACUUGUAUGGCCGCUCAGUAAUAUUGUUUUCUUAGCGUCUCAGAUGCUUUCAGGACACAUGUAUUCUAUUGGGAGCAUUUUUUCUAAUGCCUUAGAAAGCAGAAAAAGUGACAACGUAUACUGCAGGCAUGAGAAACCUGUGGCUUGCCGGAUGUUCUUGGACUUGCAGCUGCCAUUAGCCGCAGCCAGAUUGGCCUGUUUUCCAUUUUGCAAGUUCUAUAUAAUCUUGACUGCCAGAUACAAUACAGUGAUAUCUCGGUAUCUGAACGAAAUCCAUUCCAAAAGCCCGUUCGGUUUCCAAAACGUUCAAAAACCGAGGCGCGGCUUCCCAUUGGUUACAAGAGCUUCUUGCACUCAGUGGAAGCUGUGUUGCACGUUUGGGUUCCGAAAAACGUUUGAAAAUGGAAGCAUUUACUUCUGGGUUUUUGGUGUUUGAGAACCAAAACAUAUGAGAACAGAGGAGUUCGGGAACUGAGGUUCCACUGUAGUAAAUCUCUCAUGCUACUUCAGUGCAUUUAUUUCAUUUUAUUUUCAUUUCAUAUUUAUUUUCAUUUCAUUUAUUCAAGUUUUUUUAAUUGAAAUUAGUACAAACAAAGCUAUAUAAUAAAAAUAGUAGAAGUACAAAAACAGUAUGUUUAUAAUAAGAUCCCUCCUCCUAUUUACUGAGAUUGUACAUGUGUUUUCUUGCUCUUGGCGCAGGUAUGAAGUUGAGCUGGAAAACCUUAAAGAAGAGUAUGUGAAAACUGUUGGAGAGGCAAAGAAAGAAAAGGUUUUGAUAUAUUCUUUGAUAAUAACAUUGCUUUCGCAAAUAAGAUUUCUCAGUGAAUAACUACAUCUUUUUUUGUUUUCUGAAGACCCUGUUAGCUACUCAGCUGGAAAUGGAGAAAAUGAAAGUUGAGCAGGAAAAGAAGAAAGCAAUUUUUGUACAAGAAACUGCAAGAGAAAAGGUGCUUGUUCAUGUUAACCACUUUCCAUAGUUCUUGGAGACGAAGCAAGCCUUAAAUGAGCACACAAAGCAGUUGUCAGGCAAGAUGGUAGCUUUCUGGGAUCUUCAUUUCUGUGUUCCACUCUUGAUAGUGCCAUACACUAUAUACAAUAUAAAUUCUGGUUUAGUUGUCUGUAAUAACAACACAACUGUUGUUGUUAUUAUUUGUAUACCACCCUGCACCCAAAGAUCCCAGGGUGGUUCACCAUAGAAAUUGUCAUGACAGUGGGCCACAACCUCUUAUUUUGUGGGCUUUAUACUUCCUUCUGGGACCUUAAGUCACACUGCCCUUAAGUCACACUGAGAGCCAGUGUGGUGUAGUGGUUAAGAGCAGUGGACUUGUAAUCUGGUGAACCGGGUUCAUGUCCCCGCUCCUCCACAUGCAGCUGCUGGGUGACCUUGGGCUAGUCACACUUCUUUGAAGUCUUUCAGCCCCACUCACCUCACAGAGUGUUUGUUGUGGGGGAGGAAGGGAAAGGAGAAUGUUAGCUGCUUUGAGACUCCCUAAGGGGAGUGAUAAAGUGGGAUAUCAAAUCCAAACUCUUCUUCUUCUUCUGCCCUGAACCUUCUCUUUCCCUUGGGUUUCCCAUUGGCCUUCAAUCCUGAGAAUAUUCCCUCAUUUUAGUUCGCUCUUGGACACCUUUGGGGAUGCUCCAUUUGUUUGUGCUUCACUUGAGGAUACUGAAGAAGUCUUUAUGUUACAUAUACAAUGUAAAUUCCUACACUGACAAAAAAUAGCAAGCAUGCUGCUCUUUCAUCAGCAGCGUGUCCGAUGCUAACAUGACAUUAGGGUUUCAUUCUGCUCUGUGUGAUUACUAAAUGAAGUUAUUUUGCUUCAAAUAAUCAGCAAGUUCUGUAGAUGAUGUGACUUUGGAAGCUGAAGGGGCAGAGUAAGCAGUGCUAUCAAGUCCAUUUUGUUGCUUAAUUUAUUGACGUUACAAGUGAAUUGCCUAACCGGAGAUCUUGUGUUUGUCAUGUUUUCAUCAUCAUCUUAGUGAGUAUUUCAAAGUAGGUAAAUUCUUUGCACUAAUAUUGCUCUUCUCUUUGGAUAUUUGUACAUUUUCUCUUAGGAGCGUAAAUUAUACACUUCAUCAACAAUGGAAACUGUCUCAAGCACUCCAACUCUGUCACGUUCAAGCUCAAUAAGUGGGGUUGAUAUGGCAGGACUCCAGGCAUCCUUUGUAUCCCAGGUAUUGUUCCAUGUAUCAUUUGACCUUUAUUUGCUCCUUCAGUGUCUUUUUUUAUUAAUAUAAUUGUGCUGUCUUAAUUGUUUUCUUGAAUCCAGCAAAACCUCACUGUUAAAAUGAGAGCAGGUAGUUUGAAGUAGUUUCACCAGUUCAUGUGACGCUAUAGGGCAACACAUAGAAGGUUAAAUAUUUUAUAUUUGCUGGUAAUUAGGAAAUUAACUAUGGGACACGGGUGGCGCUGUGGGUUAAACCACAGAGCCUAGGACUUGCCAAUCAGAAGGUCGGCGGUUCAAAUCCCCGUGACGGGGUGAGCUCCCAUUGCUCGGUCCCUGCUCCUGCCAACCUAGCAGUUCGAAAGCACGUCAAAGUGCAAGUAGAUAAAUAGGUACCGCUCCGGCGGGAAGCUAAAGGGCGUUUCCGUGCGCUGCUAUGGUUCGCCAGAACCGACUUAGUCAUGCUGGCCACAUGACCCGGAAGCUGUACGCUGGCUCCCUCGGCCAGUAAAGAGAGAUGAGUGCCGCAACCCCAGAGUCGGUCACGCCUGGACCUCAUGGUCAGGGGUCCCUUUACCUUUACCUUAGGAAAUUAACUUGCUUCUCUUUGCCUAUGUGGUACGUUUUGGCUCUCAAGAAGAAAUUCCACCUUGGAUGAAAUCUGAUGAGAGCUUAACUGACAGGUCUUGGGUAUAGCCUUUUAUCAAUAUCAGAAGAUGAAAUGAUUUAAAUGUGGUAUUUUCUUUCUGGAACAUUACUUCUACAAACCACUAAAUAUAUAUAUAUUUGCAGAAAAAAAUUGCAAAGACCAUUUUUAAAAUAUAUACAUGAAAUGCUUUCCAAACAGUUCAGUCCUCACAGCAACCCUGUGAUGGUGAUUAGGAUGCUAGAUAUUGAAUGGCCAGGGGUUAUCACAUGGCUGAGCAGGAUUUUGAAUCCACUUCUUAAUCCACCAUACCAAACUGGCUGUCUUCACUUGUUUUUGCAAGCACUGUUUAAACAUAAAAAAGUUAACAUUCUAGUGUCAAUCUUGAAAGUUGUAUCAUUCUUUAGGUACAAAAUAAUAAUUUGCAUGCUGUUAAGUAUUCAAUUCCAUGGGUGUAUCUCAAUUUUUAUUGCAGGAUGACCAACAUGAUCAUUCCUUUGGUUCAGCGUCUGCAAGUGGGAACAAUCUAUACGAUGCAAUGAGAAUGGGAGCAGGCUCAAGCAUUAUUGAAAACCUGCAGUCACAAUUAAAAUUGCGAGAUGGCGAGAUUUCUCACCUACAGGUAACCUGUGUUGACCUGUGUGUCUAAACAUAAGUAGGAAUAGGUGUUCCAUAUGUGUGAUGUACAUACUUGAUAGACAGAUGUGAUCAGUUCAUUUUUAUGGGCUUGUUUUGCCAGAGUUCAGUCUUCGGCCUAAUACAUCCAGUAUUGUCAGUCCAUUGGGGGAUCCCCCCAGAGCAAAUUCUAGAGGGUUCCCCAACCUCCCAAAAAAUUGGGGGCAUACCAGGGCCCGGAAAAGUCUUGUGUGAACACAGACACUUUGAUCGCUGUUGAACAAAUUAUAGAAACAUUUUAGUGGGCAGUUUCAACAUGUGGCGCGGUGAGAAAGAUACAGUGCAGUGUUUCUCUCCAUCUGCUGUAAUACUGCAGUAAUUUGUAGGAAGUAACUACUGUAAGCGGUUAGCUAACAUAAUAGGUGUUCUUAAGUUCUUCCAUUUUUCAGGCUCAUGAGCUGCUGUAAUACCUUCUAGUUAGCAGAGGGAGCAGCAGAGUUUCAAUUCUCCUAUUUUGUCCUCUGAAUCCAAAUGCUUGUGUAUUGAUGCUACAUCAGAACAAGAGAUGGAACUUCGUAAUUUAUUGUAGGCACACAAUAAAUGUAUAUGCCACAGUUAUAAUUUGAAACCUUGUGUCGGUUUUGCUUUGUAGGAAUGGUUUACCUGAAUCCCUUCAUUUUAUUUAUUUAUUUAUUUAAACGAAUAUAUUUAUUUAUUGUAUUUUAUACUUCAUGCUCAAAGUGGCUGACAACAAAGAAACGGGGUGCGUUUCAAACAAACACUACAAAACCAGUUUCACAAUAACAUAGCAAAACAGCAACAUAGCAACCAUUUCAUAACAACGUAACAAAACAAGGGCAAGAAUAACAACACAAAAAAUACACAAUAGUAUAAAAUAAAGCAACAUGCAGCAUCCAAUGGCAAAAAUAACAAGUGAGCUUCACAGUUUUACCUUAGCCCUAGAAACAUCUGUUCCAUGAAGUUGCUCACAGUCCCUCUUCUGCAGCAGCUUCUUAUAAGGCUUUCAAGGGCAAGGGGUGGGGUAGCUGGAAACCCCACUUCCAUGCAUUAUUCCUGUGAAUACCAGAAUACUCGUAAUAUGGGACAUAAGCUUGCAAGCUUAACACUCCUGGUUACUUUUAAUGGAAACAGAAUUAGUAACUUGGUAGAAUUUUAACUGUCAAAUGUUUGUUACCUUAGCUGGAAAUCGGAAACCUUGAAAGAACUCGGUCAGUAAUGGCAGAAGAGCUGGUAAAGCUGACAAAUCAAAAUGACGAUUUAGAAGAAAAAGUGAAGGAGAUUCCCAAGCUACGUGCACAGCUAAGGGUAGGUAGCUUGUUUCUACGAUGAUAUCUGAAAUGUAUUCAGCAGCCUCUGUAAAUAUGUCCCUGCUGUACAUGUAAAGUGAAAUGCUUUAUUACAAAGUACAGCGAAAAGCAGUGCUUGCAUUCCUAAACAUACUCACUAAUGAAUAAUUUUCACUGAACACUACAAGAGUUACUUCUAAGUAAACCAGGUUAGGAACCUGCAGCUAAUGCAAAAUGCAGUUUCUAGGGUCCUUAACGGGACAUGCAACUUUGCACAUAUUACACCAGUGUUGAUUUUGACCUAAAAAGGCUUAUGUGACUCAGGACCCGAAUACCCCGCAAUGAUCUUUUGAGGCCCUUCUCUAUGUGCCUUCUAUGAAGGAGGAUGGCAAUGCAUGAAUUGGCCUUUUUGAUGGCUUCCCAUCUGCAGAAUGCUCUCCCUGGUGCAGCUUUGGACACCAGGCUAAGGCUAUCCUGUUUUACCAGGUUUUGGGUGGUUAAUUUUGGAUCAUACCCUUGUAUGAUUCUUGCCUCUAUUGUGGUGCUCAUCUUUUAGUGGGCUGGACUUCGAUAGUACUGCUGGAUGAACUUAGGGGAGCAGGUGAAUGAACACUUCAAUAAAUUUUGUUUGCUUUAUUUUGCUUCUUGCCAAAACUGAUUUUAGCUGUUUCUGUAUUUUAUGUUGUUGAAAGUUGCCUUGAGAAUUUUGUGUGUGUUUGUGAAGCGGCGAAUAAAUGCAGUAAUUGUGUGUGUUUGGUAUUGUUUUGGCUACAUAAUGAUUGGCAUUCAGAGAAUUGACUUUUCUUUUAGUAUAUUCUAUCUUGACAUUCUAAAAGGUGUCUUAACAGCUUUUUUGUAAAUGUGGAGAGCAAGUCAUCAACUAUUGGGCUGUGUUGUUUCAGGAUUUGGAUCAGAGGUACAAUACCAUUCUCCAGAUGUAUGGUGAGAAAGCAGAGGAAGCAGAAGAACUGAGGUUGGACCUUGAAGAUGUGAAAAAUAUGUACAAGACUCAGAUUGAUGAACUUCUAAAACAAAGGCAUAGUUAAUUAUUGCUGAUGUUGCAGCUUGCAAACGACGUUGCAUUAAACUGUAGAAAUGUUUAUGUAAAUGCAGAUGAGUUGUAAAGAAUUUGCACUAUAGGAUGAUUAUACUGUAGAGGGUUCGUACGUUGGCAAGAAUGUUAUGCUUUUGUGAUGGCCAACUGUCAGCAAUUAAAUUAUUUGUUAAUAUUUAAAUUUUUAUAUCCAUAGCUGAAUGUUAAUUAAAAGGCAGACCAUCUUGUUGUCAAUAUAGUAAGUUGCAAAUUAGUUUGCAUAAUGCUGAUCAUUCAGCAGCAGGAGCUUUUUUAUUGCAGUUGCCUCACGGGAAUGUAGCAUGAAUAAUUUCACUGACAGUUUUUCAUGGAUAUCCUAAUGCUGAUUCAUUUCUAUCAAAAUUAAUAUUUGGCGGAAAAAAUAUAUUGAAUUUUAAAAUAUAAAUACCGAUAGCAAAUAAUUGCUACCUGAAACCCUGAAACACAAGGCUUAGAAUGCCUUUUAAGACUUUUUUUAAAACAACAACAACCACCAAUUAAUAUUUGGAUUUAUACUGUAGUGUCCUAACCAGGGUACUGGUGCCCACAAAGCCAGAUAACUGCCUUUGCAGCCAACAAUACAGGGUGACAUUUAAAGUCUCAAAAUCGGUAUUGUAUGGUAAUAGCAACCAAGCUCCCUCCUAUACAAUAGAUAACAAUUCUACUGUUUCUUAAAUGUAUGGCUGCAUUCCAAAGCAUAAUCCACUGCCACAUAGAAGUGGGCUGCCUAGCAGCUUUAAUGGCUUUUAACUAUAGCAAAAGAAAAGAAGCAACAUUUGCCUAAAAAUCAGUAGUACUCUGGGGGAUGAAAAGGAGCAGGGUGUUUAAAAGUUUACAUGUUGAAAUGGUUGCACCUCUUCCUGUCAUAGCCUAAUUCUCACCAUGUGUGUGAGUGCACUUUAUUUUCAAAAGUGAAUAAACUUGUUCCAGAUGUUUCAAAUGAACUCCAGUAGUUUAGAAACUAUCUUUAGAAGGUGUUUGACAGAACAUAAAAAAAGGAAUAGCAUCUUGAGUUGCCUUCCCAACUAUUUAGCCUAAGCGAGACAGAAAACUCCCUGGUAUCGUCCACAUUCAUAGGAGGACCUUUGCAUUAUUGUGCUUUCUUAAAGUCAUACUUUGUAUGACAGCUAUAAAGGGCCAUUUCUGUUAAACUGACCUUAAGCUGUUUAAAUGUUUAGGGGAAAAUGUGGCAUUGCUGCAUUUAUUUAGGAUUUAAAAAGGUUUCCUCACAGGAAUUGAAAUUUUCAUAGCUGAAUUUACAUGAAAUCUUUAGUCUGAUAGAUAAAAUUUACGCAUCCUGUCAUGUUGGUAUACAAGACCUAUUUUUCCUGAACCAAUUAUCUACAGAGCUUUCAUCAAGCAUAAGGUGCGUGGAAAUUCUAAGAUUUUAUUUGAUACUUUGACAUUGUAUCAACCACUUACCCUUAAUUGCUUACCUUUGGUCCAUGUCUAUUUGGAAAUCAUGUGCUACAACCUCCUGAGAUCAUACCACCGUGUAAUAGGAAAAGGGAGCCUUAUACUCUUGGUCUACCUGAGGAAAGCUAGUGUGUCAGGGAGAAAGCUUCUACUGUAGGCUUUCCCUGACAUAUUAGGAUUCUUCCUGAUCCACUAAUUUUCUGUGUGCAGGAUUUCUUUUUCUGUUACUUGGCGGAACAUUUAAUGAAGCAGUUUCUCACCUAUAUUCUGAACUGCUACAUUAUCAAGAGGAUUGUAUCACUUUAAUGAUGGAUAUUUAAAGCAUGCAAUAAUCUUUCUGAUAAGAGACUAAAUGACAGUCUAGAGUGAGAAUUCUUUGAUUCAAAAAGAGGUUUGCAUAAUAGUUGAUACUUACACAAAGCAAGCAAAUAAUGGCUGCUGACAGCAGAACUUACCAAGUGUUAUUUUCCAAGAAGGCACUGCAUAUUAGUACUUAAAGCCAAUGCAAAAUACAAAUUGGAAUGCUCCUGAAAACUCAGUUUAAGGCCCGAGAAACUUGAGUGCAUGCUACUUUCAUAAUUUAUAUUUGGAAUAAAUUAUCUCUGCAUUUGAACUGGAGAAUACAGCCCCUGACUAGAACUUAGGUGUUUGCACUGGGAUCUUGCACCCAAAAUUUUGCAUCUUUUAGACCCCUUAUCCACAUGCUGCCUCUUCAUGUUUAAUACAAGUUUUGGUUAUGUAGCCCAUGUUCCACCAUAAAACCUACAGACUUCCUUGUUCCUUUGCAGCCAUUUAUCAAUUUACCAAUUGAUGACAAUUGGAAAAUGGGGGAAAAAUACUUUUUGCAAGUGAGGUCUGUGAAAUUUAGGCUCUCAAACUCUUGAAACUCAUGCAGUUUUCAAAACCAACCAGACACUGGACAUUUGUUUGCUCAGGACUUCUGGAAGCGCACCUGUAUAUUCUCCCUCCCUAAUCUGCCGACGUGCAAAAACUCUCUAAGCAGAUGUGUGUGACUGUAUUCAUGUGAGAGCACUGGGCUUCACAAUGUUGGUGUGGAAAGCAAUACUGCAAGAGAUAAUUCCCUAGUGGACUGCAGAAGGAGACUUUGGUUUCUCAAUGCAUUGCUAGGCCCUCUUAAUACUUUGUGGGAGUAAGUUAAGAUCUCUAGUUAAUAAUUGGAAGAACGGUGCCGAAAUCUUCAUUUCAGCUGUGUUAAUAUGGUUUGCCCUCUUAAGAAUUGUUACAUCUUUAUAAAGGGCUGUAAAGUAGUUUAAAUAAAGUAUGUAGAUGAAUAAUGUCACGGGAGUUAAGCUGUUAAUGUAAUGUAAAUAAUUUAAAUAUGUUUGACUCUUGGCCUGAGUAAAGUAUUUGAGUUACCAGU